UCACUAUCUCCACACACACUCACUCAAGCCAGCGCCACUCGCACCACAGUCAUCCACUCACAAGCUAAGCUAGCGGCGCAGUAGCUCACUUCAGUCCAGUCGGCAUGGCGGCUCCGAGGGGCGCGGCAGUGGUGCUGGCGAUGGUGCUCGCGGCCAUGGUGGUGGCGCCGCCGGCGACGGUGCACGCGGCCAUAUCCUGCUCCACGGUGUACAGCACGCUGAUGCCGUGCCUGCAGUACGUGCAGCAGGGCGGUUCGCCAGCCCGGGGCUGCUGCACCGGCAUCCAGAACCUGCUGGCGGAGGCCAACAACAGCCCCGACCGCCGCACCAUCUGCGGCUGCCUCAAGAACGUCGCCAACGGCGCCUCCGGCGGGCCCUACAUCACCCGCGCCGCCGCGCUCCCCUCCAAGUGCAACGUCGCCCUCCCCUACAAGAUCAGCCCCAGCGUCGACUGCAACUCGAUCCACUGAACGAACUGAAGCGCCUUGGCCCGUGUGUCGACGUACGUCUGCCGUGCGAGGAGUCCCAUGUCCGGAGAAUAAAUUGCUGCUACUAGUACUGAAGCUUAGCUAGGCCUUGGCGGCCAGAUCCGUGUCGUUCUACCUAGUCGUCGUGUGUGGUUUUAGGGUCGAUGGAUCUGUGUGCAUGCAGUCCAUGGUGUUCUGGCCUGGGUGUCGGUAGGCUCCGCAAGCAGAGCAGAGUGGUGAACUGAUAUUGUGUGCGUCGUACUAUGCGCGUGCCUAUGUAAUGUGCGUGCUUUAUCUAUAAACUAUCCCUCGUUAAGUAUCUAAA